AUGAGCAAAGUGGUGGGAGAGUGUGAAGAAAGAACAGCGGGAGAAGUAGACUGUCAGGAGAGGGUGCCAGCAGCGGGUAGAGUGGCACAGGUGCAGAAGGUGGAAGCGGAGUUGGAGACAAGCCGGGCAAGUGACAGCAGUGACAGCAGUAACAGCGGUGAAAAGGAAAACAAAUUGGGGACUCGGAGAAAAGCAAACCAAAAGGAAAUUGUACGUUGUCACAAUGACAUCAGGCGUCAAGUCAAUCCGUCAGCCAGCGACAUGAUACAAGUGAAAUGGAAUAAUGACGCUGCCCGAAAUGCUGAAGCUGUUGCAAAGAUGUGCAGUAAUAAGCACAGCGAUCCAUCGAAACGGGUAAUACAAAAACCAUCUGUCACCACUUGCGGGGAAAACCUCUAUUUCUCAUCUGGUCCGAAUUCAUGGAAAGAAGUGAUCAAUGACUGGAAAAGUGAAGUAGAAGGAUUUAAAUAUGGGUAUGGGCCAAAAACAUCUAGUGACAUAAUCGGACAUUAUACCCAGAUUGUUUGGGCCUCGUCGAAACUGAUUGGAUGCUCUUAUCGAUAUUGUGAAAAACUGGCUUACCCUCACCUAUAUGUCUGCCAUUACUGCCCAGCGGGAAACAACAGAGACACCAUGAAAACACCGUACAAAAAGGGGAAAGCAUGCUCCAAGUGCAAAGGGAAAUGUGAAAACAAAUUAUGUGGUAAGAAUUGCGGAUCUUUCGCUGAGACAAAUGUGUCGGCCACCAUUGCUGGCCGGGGGUUGCUGUUCCUGUUCGGGAAAAUGAGUUGA